CAGCCCGUUUGCCUGUCCGGCCGCGGCCCGUUUUUCCGCCCCCUCACCGGUGUGCCGACUCUGCCUCCUCCGCCGGCGGGUAGGAGGGGCCUCCCGCCCGAGGGAAGCGAAGAGACAGGAAGAGGAACGGACACCCACCGCCUGGAGGCCAGCGGGAUGAGUGACCACGAGGAGGAGGAGGAGGGGGAUGCGGCCGGGGAGCCCCGCGAGGCGGUCGACUACGCGGCGGAGUCGAUGGCGGCCGACAUGGACCCCUGGGUGGUCUUCGACGGCCGCAAGACCCCGCGGGCCGAGUUCGACGACUGGCUGGACAGCAACCGGCCCUCCCGCACCUUCCGGUACGGGGCGCCGGGGCUGGGGGGCGAGCCCGUGGGCUGGAUCGCCGUCUACGGGCCCACCUGCUCGCCGCCGGCCGAGCAGGGCGACGCCGAGGGCCUGCAGGAGGACUGGGAGAGGCUGCUGUCCAGCGGCCGGCCCGUCACCUUCGAGACGGUCAGUGAGCUGGCGCUGAACCGCAGGGUGCUGAGCGGCAAGUGGCUGAUGCACCUGGACACGGGCUUCAAGGUCGACCAGGCCUGGGGGCGCAUCGCCCGGGCGGUGCUGGACGGCAAGCUGCCGGCCGCCAAGGUCAGCCCCUUCUGCCCCUCCUCGGGCGCCAAGCACGUGAUCUGCAUCCCCGGUGACGACUUCACCGACCUGGCACAGGUGGUGAGCCUAGACUCUGCCAUCCGCUCGCUGGGCAUCAAGUGCCCGCUCUCCUUCAAGCCCGACGCCUACACCUACCUGGGUCUCUACCGGGGCAACCGCUGGAAGCUCUCCCCCACCGUUUACGAGAGCCACUUCGACCUGGAGUGCAUUCCCCGGCGUUCCCGAAUCAUCUGCAAAGUGACCAUGCGAGAACUGACCUGACUCCGUCCGCGGGAGUUUUUUUUAAACAUUAACUUAAGCGUGUACAGGUUUAACAGAGCGAAAAAAAAAUAUCGGCA